GAAUUCAGAUGUGAUUAAAAACCCAAACAUCCUGAAUUAUAAUCUACCACCUAAUGAGAGGAAUAAAUCGCCCCAGUGAUUUGUAUGAAGAAGCAUUACAAAAGUUGAAAAAUGAAGUAAAAAUGAAUGGGUGUAAAGCAACGAUAGAGAAAUUUGAUCGUUACUCUGUCAGGGAAUAUCUGCAAGAGGAAACCCAUUUGAGUUCAGAGGCCAUUAGGAUGAUGGGGGACUUGCUGAAUGAAAACAGCAUCAUGUCCAAGUCUGUGCUUGAGAUGAUUUACCUCGAGAAUGGUAUCAAUGACACUGUGAACUACAGUGAGGUAACUGGCGGGACAGAUUUGAUCCCCAAUGGUCUUUACCGAACCCUCAAAAAGGACACAGUCAUUUUCAACGCUCCAGUGAAGAAGAUAAGCCAAAAAAAUAACAAAGUAACAGUGUGGUACCAAGAUAAGAAAACACAAAGUCUGUCUAACUUAAUAGCUGAUGCUGCUUUGGUGACAACCACUGCCAAAGCGGCUCUCUUUAUUGAUUUUGAUCCACCACUGAGUCCCUCCAAGAUGGAGGCUCUCAGGUUGGUCCGUUAUGCAAGCUCCACUAAAGUGAUCCUGACCUUCAGUGAAAAGUUCUGGGAGAAAGAAGGCAUCCAUGGGGGAAAGAGCAUUACUGAUCGACCCUCUAGAUUUAUUUACUACCCGAGUCACAGCUUCCCUGGAAACGACAAGAUUGGUGUCCUGCUGGCUUCCUACACCUGGGCUGAAGACUCUAUCCUCCUCACCAGUUUGAGCGACGAUAAUCUGAAAGAGAUAGCUCUGAAAGACCUGGAACUGAUCCACGGUGACCAAGUCAGGUCUCUAUGCACCGGAGUUUAUGUGAAGAAAUGGACUCUGGACCCUCACAGCCAUGAUGCUUUCUCUUUCUUCACACCGUAUCAACUCUCAGAGUACGCCAAAGUUAUUUUCAAGAAUGAGGGCAGGAUUUACUUUGCUGGUGAACACACAGACCUCCCUCAUGCUUGGAUGGAGUCAUCUGUUAAAUCUGCAAUCAAAGCAGCUAGGAAUAUAACUGAUGCUCUCAAGGCUUUGGAUGCUGACAUGGCCAGAGAUGAGCUGUAGGGUCUAGAAUCCUAUGUCAGUUAUCCAUUUUAUCCAUUUUUUUCCCUUUUUUUUUUUUUUUACUGUUUUCUGUCUUGAUCUUUACCAUCACCAUCUUAGUCCAUUCUAAACUAUCUGGGAUGUUUGUAGUUUCCAAAAAGCUAAAACCAGAUAUAAAUAUCAAACAAACCUUUCAGGCUCUCACCUUACCCCUUUUUGAAACUCUGUCAGUCUCCUCAGAUGGAAAAAUACAACUGUAUGGUAAAUUUUAGAUAAGAAAAUCUUACCUAUUAUCUAUUCCAGAAAAUGGGUGCCUUACCUAGUUCAUUACUAUAUUAUGAGAAGGUGGAACAGCACCACUCUCAGUACUGAACUGCAUACUUCAUAGACGGCUCAUUUUACUGAUUUUUGGCUGAAGUGUGUACCUUUGAAUGCUGCUUUGCCUCUGAAUAAACUCAU